GGGGCUGGGCGCCGCGGCGGCGGGCGAGGCCCACCCCGAGCCGGGGGGAGCCGCGGGCGGCCGGCAGAGGGUCCUGCCGCGGGAUUGCUGAAGAAAAAUGCCUUCCUUGGGAGGAAAAGUGCAGACUGUUUUGGGCCUUGUGGAACCAGAUCAGCUUGGCUACACGUUGACUCAUGAACACUUGACUAUGAACUACAGCUGCUGCUACUUUCCCCCUGCACCAGGCCAAGAGCUUCUGUCUGAGGGGCCUCUUGAGAUGAAGAACUUGUUUUGGAUUAAGCAGAAUCCCUAUAGCCAUAAAGAAAACCUUCUUUUGUAUCAGGAAACCGAUGCUGUAAGGGAGGAGCUGUUGCUUUUUAAAGCAGCGGGUGGUGGGACUAUAGUGGAAAAUACAACCACAGGAAUUAGUCGGGAUGUGAAUACUUUGAAGAAACUUGCUGAAGAAACUGGAGUCCAUAUUAUUGCUGGGGCUGGGUUUUAUGUGGAUUCCACUCAUUCUUCUCAUACACAGGCCAUGACAGUGGAGCAGCUUACAGGCGUUAUUGUUGAUGAGAUACUCAGUGGAGCGGAUGGGACUAACAUCAAAUGUGGUGUGGUGGGAGAAAUUGGCUGCUCCUGGCCCUUGACUCCAAGCGAACACAGAGUGCUUCAGGCGACCGCGCAUGCUCAGUCACAACUUGGGUGCCCCAUUAUAAUCCAUCCUGGCAGGAAUAGUGAUGCACCUUUCCAGAUUAUCCGCAUUCUGCAGGAAGCUGGGGCUGAUACUUCAAAAACAGUCAUGUCUCACCUUGACAGGACUAUAUUUGAUACAAAGAAACUUCUGGAAUUUGCUGAACUUGGAUGCUAUUUAGAGUACGACCUAUUUGGUACAGAAUUUCUUCAUUACCAAUUCCACCCUGAUAUCGAUAUGCCAAGUGACAGUGAAAGAAUUGCAAGGAUUCGGCUGCUGAUCGAUGAAGGCUAUGAAGACAGAAUUGUGAUUGCUCAUGAUGUGCACACUAAGAAUAGGUUGAUGAAAUAUGGUGGUCAUGGAUAUUCACAUAUCCUUAAAAAUAUAGUUCCUAAAAUGCUAAUUAGAGGCAUAUCCCAAAGUAAAAUUGAUAAAAUACUUCUAGAAAAUCCAAAGCGGUGGUUGACUUUUAAGUAGGGAUAAUGAAUAAAUAUUCCUAUUUUUAGUGAAGUUUUACAGAAUUCAGAUUUGUUUAGAAGAACAGUCAUUUUAAAAUUUGGUUCUUUUGAAAUAAACUGUAAGGUAUUAAUAAGAUACCAACAAACUGAUCAUGAUUUCUCUUUUUAAUUAGCACAACAAAAUUAUGUAUUCUGUCUACAUUUUCUCCCUUUUAAAAAUCUGUUCAUGAAUGAUUUACUGGAUAUGAGCCCACCUGCAAAGUCUUUUCAAUUGAAUUAUUAAAAUGUUUACAGAGAGUAAUCUAAUUCUGUUGCUAUGUAUUAUCCAAAAAUAUUUUUGAAGAUGUAUCAUAUGUGCUUCUUUGGAGGAAAUUUAGUGUUUUCAAUUAAAUUCUCCCUCUUCUGGGGAAGAUUUUAAUCCUUGUAAUACCACGAAUCUGUUAAUUAUGUUCAUAUCCUUUUUAGUAAUGCUUGAUAAAAGGAACGGCACUUUUAAAUAUCUUCUAAAGACAAA